CAAAGUUGGAGCUUUACUUAACCCUCCACGACCUCUACAACACUCACGACAACCUCCAAGACGAUUCAAACAUGGAUGACGGUACGUCUUCAGCAUCACAAACGACGACGAACUCUCUAUUCCGCCUUAACUGUCGCCAUUCCUGCUAGCGACAGCAACGUUUCUCUCUGUCUCUUGCUGGCGAAACAAAGGCGAACAAGCGACAUACCUUUUCCAUUUCGCUCUUCAGUACUCUUACCGCCAUGAGAUAAUCGACCAUCCCUAACUUUUCUGCUUUUUGUCACCCUUUUGUUCUCUCAGCCUGGCAGUCUCAAGAUAUUGCUCCAGCACAACCUGCAAUCAACAUUCCCUCCACUGAUGUGACUAUGGCCAAUGGAACAGGUUCUGGGGACGAUUACCCAGCUGAAAGGAGUGGAGAUGCUCCUCGAAGAAGUCGCAGCCGAAGUCCUGGCCGUGGUCGCUCUGAUGGAGGCCAAAAUCCAGGCAACAAUCUUCAUGUUGCGGGAUUGAGUCUCAAAGUGGAUGUGAGAGAACUCGAGACUGCGUUUGCAAAAAUUGGCAGGGUCAAGAAGGCCUCUGUAAUGUAUGAUCCUCAUACUCGAGAGUCCCGAGGCUUUGGUUUUGUUACAAUGGAGACUUCUGAAGAGGCGGAAGCAGCUAUCACUGCGUUGAGCGGGACGGAGCUGAUGGGGAAAAUGUUGACUAUCGAGAAGGCUCGCCGUGGUCGUGCACGUACCCCCACUCCAGGAAAGUACUACGGUCCUGGUAAGCGUGGCGGUGAUCGAGGUGGCUACACUGCGGAUCGCCCGUAUGACCCUCGACCCUAUGACAGUCGGUACGCUAGGGAUUACGAUUAUGACAGACGUGACAGGCGCGGGCGGUAUGACGAUUACCGCCGCGACUAUGACAGAGGCGACAGGUACGACCGAGAGAGAUAUGGUGGCCGGGACCGGGAUAGGGAUUAUGACCGUGACCGCGGAAGGUACGAUGACCGAAGAUAUUAAGCGUUCUCUGUCUAUGCUUUUGUUCAAAGUAUCUAAGCCAGUAUCCAAUCGGCGUUGUUGAUUCUGAUAUCUUUCCCUCAUCGAAAUUAAAAACUUCCUAGUUAUUCCUUCCUACGCACACGCUUCCUGACAAUCUUUUAUGGGUGCUUUUCGGAUUCUGGCAUUCCCUUUCGACUGCAUAAUAACUAUGGAAGUAUUGUUCAAGUUUUGUUGGUCUGGUAGCCAGCACGUUUCUUAAUGCUCGUAUGUCUACGCAGGCGCAACUUCGCCAGAUAAUUCUCGGCAGCUAUUAUGCUUGCUCUCUUUUUGUACUCG